AUGGUGUCACCGCGUCUAUCGCUCUCGAUCCCCCGCGGGUCUACACCCUCCACUGCACUGUUGCGACGACGAACAAGUCAUGCUACUCGGGCACUCUCUACCACCACCGCAUCCACGUCUCGCCCGACGACGCAGAAACCUACCUCGACCCGGUUCACCCAGGGACAACGCGUCCCUGGCGUCAUAGCUCGAAGCUACACACCCCGCCUUCCCGCUUCUCGAGGGUUCCACAGCACCCCUCGAGCAUUGAAGAAGACUACAGUCCACACAUUCAACCUCGCUGAUAUCGGAGAAGGUAUCACCGAAUGUGAAAUUAUCAAAUGGUCCGUAACACCCGGUUCACCCAUCCAAUCAUUCGACCCUCUCUGCGAAGUCCAAUCCGACAAGGCCAGUGUGGAGAUCACCUCCCCCUUCGACGGCAUCGUCAAGGAAAUCCUCGUCCCCGAAGGCGAGAUCGCCAAAGUGGGGUCAGGGCUCUGCUUGAUCGAGGUAGAAGUCGAAGAAGGGGCUGAGGUUACCGAGGGCGGACGUGCUGCACCAGAGCCAGAGCCAGAGACCAAGACCACGACCUCGCCUCCUCCAAGCUCGACGAGUGCUGCGGAAAGCAAACCACAGCGCAAACACCACCCACUCGACCCGUCCAACCCCAACCCCUCGCUCUCACUCGGUUCGCGUCCGCGUUCACGCACCGGUGCACCGCCCUUCAGCGGGGGCUCUGCUUCCAUCCGGUCUAAAGACCUCCUCAAUCUCGAUUUCAACGCGCAAGACCAGGCGCUCAUGUCGUCCUCCCCCUCUCACUCGACAUCGACAUCAACAUCGACGGGGUCAGGGACUACGACACCAGGCUUCGCCACCACCUCAGACGCCAACGUCCUCGCCACACCCCAAGUCCGACACUUUGCCAAAACACUGGGCGUGAUGGAUCUGAGCGCGUUAGCGCCUGGAAGUGGGAGGGAGGGAAGGAUUGAGAGGGAGGAUGUGGAGAGGUUUGUUGAGAGGCAGCGACAGUCUAUCGCGGCUCAACAACAGCAGCAACAACGGGGACCAGGAGAUGAAGUUACCUCUGCGUUCGCGAGUGGUGGAGUUAGGAAGGACGAGGACGUUGUCGUCGAGCUGAACCGUACCCGAUGGAAUAUGUGGCGUGCUAUGGAGAAGAGUUUGGAGAUUCCUCAUUUCGGGUACUCAACAACACUCGACAUUACAUCCCUCCACACCCAAAUCCUGCCCAUCCUCAACGCGAACAUCCCAGCACGGUACCUGCCCUCGUCGCACCCGCGUCCAAGGGAUCCGCUAGCGGGUAUGGUCAACCCUCGUGCUCUCUUUUCUCAAGAGGAGGAUGUGCGGACGCAGGCAGAGGCAGAGGUGCCAGAGAGCGCGCGGUUCGCCAAGAUGACGUACCUCCCCUUCUUGCUGAAGACGCUCGGUAUGGCGAUGAUGGAGUGGCCGUUGAUGAGGAGUUCUAUUACGCCUGGUAGCUGGUCUGGUAAUGGUAAUGGUGGGCAGGGAGGAGGGAAGCAAAAACCAACACUAACAAUCCGCUCCUCACCCCAAAUCUCUCUCGCUCUCUCCACCCCAACCGGUCUCUACACGCCCACUUUAAACCUAACCUCUUCACCACACACUCUCUCCUUAUACUCCAUCGCUUCGCAACUCAAACACCUUUCCUACCUGGGCAGGCAGGUACCCUGUGGUUUAACUCCCAAGGAGAUGCCUAGAGCUGGGGGGACGGUGACGGUUAGUAAUGUGGGAGCGGUUGGGAGGGGGGAGGGUGCGAGUCCGGUUUUGGUACCUGGAGGAGGGGUGGCGAUUGUUGCUGUUGGGAGGGCUAGGUGGGUUUGGGAUGUGGAGGACCCAUUCUGGUCUCGCCAUUCUGGGGAUGAGGGCUUUGGAAGUAUGGAACCACCUCCUGGCGGCAAUGGUGGUAAGAGUGGUGGUAGUGGGGGGAUGAGAGGCCAGAGACGGCUCAAGUUGCCUGUUAGUUGGAGUGCGGAUCAUCGGGUCGUGGAAGGAGCUGAACUUGCAGCGUUUGUGGAGACGUGGAGGAAGUGGGUUGAGGAGCCGGUUCGGUUGAUUGGUGGGGAGGGUGAUUAG